AUGGCAGCAUCAAGGUUUUAUAAGCGUUUUCUUCGAUUAGCAAACUGUUGGCCGCUUGAACAUGAAGUAUCAAGGCCAGUGGAACGAAAUGCAUCGGUAUUUUUAAAGAAUGAAAUUGAGCGUAUAUUCCGAAAAGAACGAAAUCCGUUCAAUGAUGAUCUCUGCGAAAGACGACUGCGAAGUCUGGAGCAGCUUGUUUCAAAUAUUCACUUACAAAACUUGCCAUGUAAAUAUAAAGCGGGUGCCAUGGCUUUACCUCUGAAGCAAUUAAGGAAGAUAAAUUCAACUCAAGGACGUUUCGUUUUGGGUUUGGAAUCCAAUUUGACGCAAGGGGAUGAAAAUGAGAAGACUUUCAUUGAUAAAUUGUAUCUUAAGAUGAAGGCAAGAGCACAACGUAAAGAACUUUUGAAAAGUUCUGCUCUCGAGUUUUUUGAGUUAGACAACUCGAUUUCACCUUUGCAUAGUAAAAAGUUAGCUAACCAGAAAAUUGUUAGUUCUUAA